AUGCAACCUGAUCAGUCACGAACCAAGCACAAACCCAUCAAGGCGGGUCCAUGUACGGAGUUCGGGACCUUGGUCGCAGUGAACGGCAAGCUCGCACAUGACACAUGGGCGCGCCGCGCAGUAGUAGACCCGGAUGCACCGGGCAUGCGCAGCGCUUACACUCGUGCAUAUGCUGGGCCCAUCUGGAUGCUCCGCGGAUUCCGUCAACUCCGUGUAGCGAACGCAGGGAUUGGCUUCGCCACCCUCUCCGACGGUGCGACAAUACGGAGGAGCAUUCGCAUUGGCCGUGAUGACCGAGCGGUGGUCAAUAUGACGAGGAGCACGCAGAGCACAUAUACCAUGGCAUCGACGGCGGUUCACCAGCAGCUGGACAGCGGAUCCGUGCCAAACCACGUCUCAAAUGUUGCACCAGCGGGAACCAAGUUCCACCUUCUUGCGGUCGUAUGGCUGGAGGCGGACGAGGGCUCCGUUCUGCAUGGCGGCAACACAUCGUUGCACGACACCAAGGAAAUCCCGACCGUCAACAAGCGACGAGCGCUCCCCAUAUUGUGUCCUCAUCAACCACCCGAUCGAGGGUCUGACACUGAAGGACAUCGAGAUUUGGGUUCAUACGGCUUCAUCGGUAUGCAGAUCAACAUGCCCGAACGUGACGGUCCUGUUCAUCUCCGACCAUUGCCAUGUCAUCGAAAUUGGCGAGACGGCAUUCCUCAGGGGUGGCUUGCUCGUGAUCAUCCUGCGUGGUCUCGCUCAACCCACAGGUUGAAUCAACUUGAACGCUUGACCAAGGACAAGGUUGUUCCCAGUCAUGACGAGACCACUUUCCUCGAGCUGCAGGUACAGCAGAACAAGGACGGCGGGUUCUUCACGUGA